AAAGGAGGGGACCGGAAGGAGCCGCUGGUGCUGAGGGAAGUGGCAGGAGCGGGAGGCGGGGACCCACCUGGAAGCGCCGUGGCCCCGCUGUCGAGCUUCCUGCGGCGACGGCUACCCGAGCAAUUGCUGUGGCGGGGGCGGAGAGCGGCCACGACAGCGGCACCUCCCCGAGUGGCCCGCGGCCACUAGCCCCGCGAGAAAGAUACCAAGUUGUGCUAGUACACCAUAUAAAUAAUAAAUACCUGAAGUCUCAAUGUAACAUGGACAUUAACAGUGAUGACAGAUAAAUGCAGACGCUUGGGAAUCAAAUACUAGGCGAAACACUUUUAAAAAGUGUAUCAGGCUUUUUAGAAACACAUCUGCAUGAUCCUGUCUGUCUUUAUACUAGUUGAACUCAGCUGCAAGUAUCAUUUCUGUGAAAAUAACUGUUGGCGAUAUCCUUGCCUGGUAAAUACCCUAACGGAUGAUGUUCCUAUAAUAAACGCUGUAUGAAAAGAAAGGAAUUUAGGAGGUUCUAGUAUUCUCCAUGGCUGAAGCUGAAAGUCUGAAACCCUGAUGCCUAAGCUCUAUUCUAGAUCAUAGCUCCAACUCCUUCAGGAUAUAAGGAAAAGAGAUAAUAUUUCCACAAUGAUAGAUCUUUGGUUGUACAGGUUUCCCAAUGAGUGGAUCAUGAUGACCGUAUAGUAGGGACUUGCCAUAGUAUGGCUGCUUCCCGAUCUACUCGUGUUACAAGAUCAACAGUGGGGUUAAACGGCUUGGAUGAAUCUUUUUGUGGUAGAACUUUAAGGAAUCGUAGCAUUGCUCACCCUGAAGAAAUAUCUUCUCAUUCUCAAGUACGAUCAAGAUCACCAAAGAAGAGACCAGAGCCUGUGCAAAUUCAGAAGGGAAAUAAUAGUGGGAGAACUACUGAUUUAAAACAGCAAAGUACUCGAGAAUCAUGGGUAAGCCCUAGGAAAAGAGGACUUUCUUCAGAAAAAGAUAAUGGAGAAAGGCAGGCUAUAGAAAAUUGUGAGAAAAGGCAAACAGAACCUGUUUCACCAGUUUUAAAAAGAAUUAAGCGUUGUCUUAGAUCUGAAGCACCAAACAGUUCAGAAGAAGAUUCACCUAUAAAAUCAGACAAGGAGUCAGUAGAACAGAGGAAUACAGUAGUGGACAAUGAUGCAGAUUUUCAAGGGACUAAACGAGCUUGUCGAUGUCUUAUACUGGAUGAUUGUGAGAAAAGGGAAAUUAAAAAGGUGAAUGUCAGUGAGGAAGGGCCACUUAAUCCUGCAGUAGUUGAAGAAAUCACAGGCUAUUUGGCUGUCAAUGGUGUUGAUGACAGUGAUUCAGCUGGUAUAAACUGUGAUGACUGUCAGCCUGAUGGGAACACUAAACAGAACAGCACUGGUUCCUGUGUGUUCCAGGAAAAAUCAGUAGCUGAAAAUGGGGAUUCCGACACCCACACUUCAAUGUUCCUUGAUAGUAGGAAGGAGGACAGUUAUGUAGACCAUAACGUGCCUUGCACGAAUUCAGAAGUGCAGGUCAAGUUGGAGGACCACAAAAUAGUAACUGCCUGCCUGCCUGUGGAACAUGUUAAUCAGCUGACAACCGAGCCAGCUACAGGCCCCUUUCCUGAAACUCAGUCAUCUUUAAGGGAUUCUGAGGAGGAAGUAGAUGUGGUGGGAGAUAGCAGUGCCUCAAAAGAGCAGUGUAAUGAAAACACCAGUAACGCCCUGGACACAAGACUUGAGAGUAUGCCAGUUUCUGGAGAGCUGGAACCAUCUUCUGUUCUAGACUGUGUUUCAGCUCAAACGAUGUCUUUAUCAGAACCUCAAGAACAUCGAUAUACUCUGAGAACUUCACCACGAAGGGCAGCCCCUACCAGAAAUAGUCCCACUAAAAACAGUUCUCCUUGCAGAGAAAAUGGACAGUUUGAGGAGAAUAAUCGUAGUCCUAAUGAAACAAAUGCAACUGUUAGUGAUAAUAUAAGUAAGUCUCCCACACAUCCUGGUGAAAUUUCUCAGAAUGAAAAAGGGAUAUGUUGUGACUCCGAAAAUUAUGGGAGUGAAGGACAAAUUAAGCCACCCUCAGAGGCAAGACUCAAUAUUGGAAAUUUGCCAUCUGCCAAAGAGAGUGCCAAUCUGCACAUUACAGAAGAGGAAGAUGAUGAUCCUGAUGUUUAUUACUUUGAAUCAGAUCAUGUGGCACUGAAACACAACAAAGAUUAUCAGAGACUAUUACAGACAAUUGCUGUACUUGAGGCUCAACGUUCUCAAGCAGUCCAGGACCUUGAAAGUUUAAGCAGACACCAGAGAGAAGCACUAAAAAAUCCCAUUGGAUUUGUGGAAAAACUCCAAAAGAAGGCUGAUAUAGGUCUUCCAUAUCCACAGAGAGUUGUUCAAUUGCCCGAGAUUGUAUGGGACCAAUAUACCAAUAGCCUUGGGAACUUUGAAAGAGAAUUUAAAAAUCGCAAAAGACAUACUAGGAGAGUUAAACUAGUUUUUGAUAAAGUAGGUUUACCCGCUAGACCAAAAAGUCCUUCAGAUCCUAGGAAGGAUGGAGAGUCCCUUUCAUACUCUAUGUUGCCUUUGAGUGAUGGUCCAGAAGGCUCAAACAGUCGUCCUCAAAUGAUAAGAGGACGUCUUUGUGAUGAUACCAAACCCGAAACCUUUAACCAGUUGUGGACUGUUGAAGAACAGAAAAAGCUUGAACAGCUACUCUUGAAAUACCCUCCUGAAGAAGUAGAAUCUCGGCGCUGGCAGAAGAUAGCAGAUGAACUGGGCAAUAGGACAGCAAAACAGGUUGCCAGCCGAGUACAGAAAUAUUUCAUAAAACUAACUAAAGCUGGCAUUCCAGUCCCGGGCAGAACACCAAACUUAUAUAUAUACUCCAAAAAGUCUUCAACAAGCAGACGACAGCAUCCCCUUAAUAAGCAUUUGUUUAAACCUUCCACUUUUAUGACUUCCCAUGAACCACCAGUAUACAUGGAUGAAGAUGAUGACCGAUCUUGUUUUCAUAGCCAUAUGAACACUGCUGUUGAGGAGGCAUCAGAUGAAGAAAGUAUUCCUAUCAUGUAUAGGAAUUUACCUGAAUAUAAAGAACUAUUACAGUUUAAAAAGUUAAAGAAGCAGAAACUUCAGCAAAUGCAAGCUGAAAGUGGAUUUGUACAACAUGUGGGCUUCAAGUGUGAUAACUGUGGCAUAGAACCUAUCCAGGGUGUUCGGUGGCAUUGCCAGGAUUGUCCUCCAGAAAUGUCUUUGGAUUUCUGUGAUUCUUGUUCAGACUGUCUGCAUGAAACAGAUAUUCACAAAGAAGAUCACCAACUAGAACCUGUUUAUAGGUCAGAGACAUUUUUAGACAGAGACUACUGUGUGUCCCAGGGCACCAGUUAUAAUUACCUUGACCCAAACUACUUUCCAGCAAACAGAUGACAUGGAAGAGAACAUCAUAUACUAGUCCUCUUCAACAUAUAGCAAUGGUAUCAUUGUGAAUUAUGUGCACAGUUUGGAAAGAUUCUCUGCUUUCCCUGAAGUGACACUCACAGCAUGACAGCUUCCUGAGUGUUCUCGUCAAGUCCAGCUCUGCACUGUUGUGGCUCUAGAUCACUGUUCAGCAGCUGAACAUUCCUGGUGAGCUAAGGGUUUCCUUGGUGAGUUUCUCACCACCACCUUAAAGUCUUUUAGGUGGCGCUUAAAUAGGUGAGAUGGAAAUGAGAGCACACAUUAAAAAGUGAGUAAAUUCCAAAGGUUUUGAAGAACUCGGUCAUAAAUAUGAUAAUGAGAAGACAAAAGUAUUUAUAUAAAACAGUUUAGUAGCUUUCAGUUUUGUGAAAAUAGUUUUCAGCACAGAAACUGACUUCUUUAGACAAAGUUUUAACCAAUGAAGGUGUUUGCUUCUAGAAUAUACACUUUAAAAAAAUUGUCCCAGUGGCGGCCUUUGAUGGCCUUUAGUAAAUUGGAGCUGCUUAACCACAUUGAUGUCUAAUUUCUUUUAACCACAAUGAACUGUCCUUAUUACCAACAGUGAAGCACUACAGGAGGCAGCAGUCACAUUGCUUCCUUAACCAGCUCAUGGUGUGUGAAUGUUAUAAAAUGGUCACUCAGAUAAUAUUUUUAAAUGUAAUGUUAUAUAAGAUGAUCAUGUGAUGUGUACAAACUAUGGUGAAAAGUGCCAGUGGUAGUAACUGUGUAAAGUCUCUAAUUCACAACAUUAAUUCUUUUGAAAUACACAGCCUUCUGCCUCUGUAUUUGGAGUUGUCAGUGCAACUCAUCAAAGAAAACUGCCUAAUAUAAAGAUCAUAUAUAUGGUAAUAAUUUCCCUCUUUUGUAGUCUGCACAAGAUCCAUAAAAGAUUGUAUUUUUAUUACUAUUUAAACAAGUGAUUAAAUUUAGUCUGCGCAGUGAGCAAGAGUUCACAUGCAUUCUUUUAUACUGCUGGAUUUUGUUGUGCAUCAUUUAAAACAUUUUGUAUGUUUCUUCUUAUCUGUAUACAGUAUGUUCCUGAAUGAUGUUCAUUUGUCAGGAGAACUGUGAGAAAUAAACUAUGUGGAUACUGUCUGUUUAUAUUGUA